ACAGGCCCCACUUUGACAACUGUCAAUUACCAUUGUUUAAGGAAAAGCUCAGUUGGGGUGGGGACCACCGCCGCACACCUCAAAUGUGUAAAAUUCUACCCAUCUCCGCCAUUCCAGAUCUGCUGCUUGCAAGAAAAUCUUUUUCUCGGAAGAAUAUUCGAGAGUUAAAAUUUAAAAUUAAAUAGACAAAAGUCUGUGCCUUUCUUUUCCUAUUGCUUACCAAGCACCCAAAGAAGGAGGGGGAGGGGGGGGAGAGGCCCAUCAAUGAUUGUACCUUCAUCCAUGCUGAUAUAGCCAAACUAUAUAUAUAUAUAGAUAGAUAGAGAGAGAGAGAGAGAGAGAGAGAUGGGGCUGGUGGGUGGUGAGGAAAAUGGGAAUGGAGAGGGGCUGGUGGAGAUUCCAAUUGGAAGCAAAAACAAAUAUAAGAGGAUGAAUCCUGAUGGCACAGAAGAGGAUGUGGUAUUUUCCAAUGAAGGUAUAUCAAUUAGGAAAAAUACCACCAGGAACUUUGUGUUCGUCUGUGCCAUCUUUGUCUCCCUCAAUUCCGUGCUCCUUGGAUACGAUGUUGGUGUUAUGAGUGGAGCAAUUUUAUUCAUUCAGGAGGAUCUGAAGAUAACAGAGGUACAAGAAGAAGUCCUUGUUGGAAUCUUAAGCAUAAUAUCGUUGUUGGGUAGUUUGGCUGGUGGAAAAACAUCAGAUGCCAUUGGCAGAAAAUGGACAAUUGCCUUUGCAGCCAUUGUCUUUCAGACAGGUGCUGCUGUAAUGGCUCUUGCUCCGAAUUUUAGGGUGCUGAUUGUUGGCAGAAUCUUGGCUGGGGUAGGGAUUGGCUUUGGGGUCAUGAUUGCUCCUGUAUACAUUGCCGAGAUAUCACCUGCCGUUGCUAGAGGAUCUCUUACCUCCUUCCCCGAGAUAUUUAUUAAUCUAGGAAUCCUUCUUGGAUACGUGUCAAACUAUGCUUUUUCAGGACUGCCCACUCAUAUAAGCUGGAGGAUCAUGCUUGGUGUGGGAAUUCUUCCCUCCGUUUUUAUUGGGUUUUCCCUGUUUGUGAUCCCUGAAUCUCCAAGGUGGCUAGUUGUGCAGAACAGGAUUGAGGAAGCAAGAGCAGUGUUGUUAAAGACAAAUGAGAGUGAAAGAGAAGUGGAAGAAAGAUUGGCAGAAAUACAGGUAGCUGCUGGGAUGUCUAAUGCUGAGAAGUAUGAAGCAAAAUCUGUCUGGCGUGAAAUACUAAAACCUUCUCCUCCAGUCCGACGGAUGCUAAUUGCUGGAUGUGGAAUCCAAUGUUUCCAACAGAUUACAGGUAUUGAUGCAACUGUUUAUUAUAGCCCCACAAUCUUCAAAGACGCUGGAAUUAAAGGCAAUACAAAGCUCCUUGCAGCAACUGUUGCUGUUGGGUUUACCAAAACAUUGUUCAUCUUGGUUGCCAUAUUUCUUAUUGACAAAGUGGGGAGAAAGCCUUUGCUUUACAUAAGCACAAUCGGAAUGACUGUUUGCUUGUUUUGUCUAAGCCUUACUCUUGCUUUAUUGGGGAAGGAAAAAAUGGGGAUCGGAUUGGCAAUUUUAGCAGUUUGUGGGAAUGUAGCUUUCUUCUCGGUAGGGAUUGGCCCGAUUUGUUGGGUAUUGUCAUCUGAAGUUUUCCCUCUAAGGCUUAGAGCUCAAGCAUCAGCCCUUGGGGCAGUCGGUAGUAGAGUCAGUAGUGGCUUGAUUGCUAUGUCUUUCCUCUCAAUUGCUCGUGCAAUUACGGUGGCUGGAACCUUCUUUGUUUUCUCUCUACUUUCAGCUCUCUCUGUUGCUUUUGUCUAUACAUGUGUUCCUGAAACAAAAGGGAAGUCUUUGGAGCAAAUUGAACUGGUCUUUCAAAAGGAGGGAGAAGAGAGAGAAGGUGAGAUGGAAAUGGGAGAUGCAGAGCGUCUGGUGCAGAGAGAAUGAGUGGUUGCAUGCCUGAUUGCUAAACCCCAAUCUCCCAAGAAAAGGCUUAUAAUUCUAAAACCCCUUCAGCCAGUUGGAGGUGUUUCAAAUCCACCGCAAAAUAUACCAAGUUCACACAUCAUAUAGAUUCUUCUAAAAUUCGAAGAUUGUACCUUUUGAGAAAUCCAAGAUCCUUGGACAAGAGCUAUUAUAUAGAUAACGGAAGCAUAAAGAAGUGAAUACUUCUCCUCUUAGAGUACAAUGUUAGUUCUUUACAACAAUGUGCUUGAAAAUAUUUUUUAGAUUAA